UAUGACUUGUGGUUCCGCAGAAUUGGGUACAGUCAUUUACAGUUGUCAACAACAGUCCAAGUUUCCGUCCCGAGGUUUAAACUGUUCGGGAGGUUGUCACACUGAAUAUGUCAGCCUCAUAAACCUAUUUAGGAUUUCAGCUCACCGUCGUCCUAGGAUAACCAAUGUCAGAUGUCCGUUGCCAUGUCUAGUCUGGAGAGCCUGCGGUCCUCUGUGUUUACCUUUGAGUCCUCCGUGCACAGCUGCCAUGUGCUGCGUUGUCUGGACGACCAGCGGAGGCUUGACCUACUGUGUGACAUCACUGUGCUGGCCGAAGGGAGGAGUUUCAGGGCCCACCGUUCUGUGCUGGCCUCCUGCAGCGACUACUUCACACACAGGGUCUCCUCCCACGCACCACAGGGACUUGUCGUCACCCUGCCUCAGGAGGUGACGGUGAGUGGCUUGGAGCCCCUGCUGCAGUUUGCUUACACCUCCAAGCUGCUCUUCAGUAAAGAUAAUGUCAUGGAGAUACGACACUGUGCCUCUAUUCUGGGUUUCAGGGAUCUGGACUCGGCCUGUUUUGACUUCCUCCUGCCCAAGUUCUUCAGCAGCAGUUCGGCCUCCUUCCAGAGGAAGACCUGCUGUAAGACACGGUGCAGGAGACAGUCCCCCGGGCCAGAGCUCAGCGAUAUCCACACGAACAAGGAUGUCUUAGAUGAUGACAAAGGGGUCCAGGUGGUUUCUGAUUCGCCCGUUGAACAGGAUGUGAGUGGACAACCAGCAAAUGGCGAGACGGUACGUGAAAGCAAAAAUCUCACCCAUCCUCCUGAAGCCGAUAUCCAAUCAGACGGCCAGACUGACUACUCCCUACAAUGCCCCAAGUACCGUAAGUUCCAGCAGGCUUGUGGGAAGGUGAGGCCGUGUGUGGAGAUCUGUGUCCCAGAAACAAACCAUGACUCCCCAGUGGUGAGAGAGGAGGGCUGCCCUCUACCCCUGCACCUUCCCAAGUCCUUGCUACCCUGUUCCAGUGGUGGAGGAUUUAGGGAAGGUCCUGCAGUGGAGACUUCUGGAGAAAACUAUUCACUUCUCUCACAGACACAGACUGACCAGGCAGGACAGGGAGAGGUGGAGCAGAGGAGUGACCAGGCAGGACAGGGAGAGGUGGAGCAGAGGACUGACCAGGCAGGACAGGGAGAGGUGGAGCAGAGGACUGACCAGGCAGGACAGGGAGAGGUGGAGCAGAGGACUGACCAGGCAGGACAGGGAGAGGUGGAGCAGAGGACUGACCAGGCAGGACAGGGAGAGGUGGAGCAGAGGACUGACCAGGCAGGACAGGGAGAGGUGGAGCAGAGGACUGACCAGGCAGGACAGGGAGAGGUGGAGCAGAGGACUGACCAGGCAGGACAGGGAGAGGUGGAGCAGAAGACUGGAGAAGAGGAUGAUGAGGAGAAGAGAGAGAUGGACGAGAGAAGGAGAGAGGCAGAUGAAGAGAACACAGAGAAGUAUGAGAGGAGAGGAGAGACAGAAGAGAGGAGGAGAGGAGAGACAGAAGAGAGGAGGAGAGGAGAGACAGAAGAGAGGAGCAGAGGAGAAACAGAAGAGAGGAGGAGAGGAGAGAGGGCUUCUGGAGUUGACUGUCACAGCUCUAUCCUUCCUCUCGUGGAGGUGUCUAGUGGUCGGCUUGUCAGCUGUGAAGAGAGCCCAGGGUUGGGUACAGCCCCACACCGAUGUCCCCUGGAGGCACCCGGGCUGGACAAGCAGAGCCCUGGAGGUGUGGGGGAAGGAGGUUGUGUUCUAGAGGGUAGAGGACACCAUGAAGGGAUAGAUCCAGGUGUAUCCUGCCUGCCACAGACAGAACAGGAGCAGGGAGAGAGAGGAGAGCGAGGAUGGGAAGAGAGGAGCAGCGUGGAAAGAGAGGUGGCUGAACACUUGGCACAUGGCCCCUGGUCAGAGCUCCCCUCUUCUCCUCCCCUCCUCCAGGACUUCCCUGGGACUGAGUCUGGGAACCUCCGGAGCAGCAGCUCCACCUUGGACUGGCUUCACCAGCUUGACAUCAGCUCCAGUACCGGGGGCUGUCCUUUCCUCCACGGCUUGGACAGGGAGACAGACGGAGGGACGGACAGAGGGACAGGGGAGGGGACAGACAGUGGGACAAUGAGCGCGACUGGGCUGGGGCGCGAGGGGUCGUCCCAGUUAGAGAAGAGUCCCUGUGUGUCCUCCCUGACAUCUGGAGACGAUGGAGACUCCGACUGCUUCGAUACGGAGGGAGACAGCGAGUCCUGUUCCUACAGCCAGAGAGUCAAAGAGGUGCAGCUGCCGUUCUCUGUGGGUCGCAUCGUGGGGUUGAGCAGGAAUGACUUCCAGCUGAUGCUGAGGCACCAGACUCUGAACAGAGAACAGCUGGACUUCGUCCACGACGUCAGACGCAGGAGUAAGAACCGUAUCGCAGCGCAGCGCUGUCGCAAGAGGAAGCUGGACUGUAUACACAAUCUGGAGUGUGAGAUAGACAAACUGAGGACAGAGAAGAACCAGCUGAUAUCAGAGAGGAGCCAUCUGAACCAGAUGAAGCUGAACACUUGGCACAGUGUGUCCGCUCUUUGUCAGAGAGUCUGCAACGAGGCCGCCCUGAGACCAGAACAACUCCAGGUCCUAGCCAAGUACACCUCCCCAGACUGCCCGCUCUCUGCUCUCAUCUCCCCUACAGACCCAACCUCCCCUGGGCUAGGAGGACUACUACAAUCCCAGGCCUCUCCCUAGGCCUGCUCCUCCUCAGGCCUAGCCUCAGAUACCUGUCAGAAGCCUUCAGGAACCUUUAGAACCUUCGGAACCCUCGGCCAGCUGCUCCAGGGACACACCCACAGGGGAGGAGCUCUCAGGUGAUUGAACAAGCCCUCAGGUAUAUACAGCUGUGUGAUCAGUUGACUUGGAUGCCCUGCCCACGGAUGAGUGUGAGUCUGGACACCUUCAUCAUCGUCAUCAUCACCAUUUCAUAGACUUUCUUCUACAGGCAAAGACUGUGGUUGUGUUCCAAUAAUCUCUCUUUCCUCAGAGGUGCGCUCGGUUACUCACUAAAGCAUCAGAUUGUUGUAGGCACUGAGCAGGGAUGAAUGAAACAGGAGAGUAUUUUCCCACGGUUGACAUGGUUACAUACAAGCUGACAGUAUUUCAACCACAUGAAAAUAUUUAUGCAAGAUGAACUGAAAUCUACCACCAGAGAUAAACUGUGUCUGUGUGUGUGUGUGUGUGUGUGUGUGUGUGUGUGUGUGUGUGUGUGUGUACAGUACCAGUUUUGUGCUGUUCUUGCCAUAAUAUGGACUUGAUAUUUUACCAAAUCUUCUGUCUACCAUCCCUACCUUGUCACAACACAAAUGAUUGGCUCAAACACAUUAAGGAAAGAAAUUCCACAAACUAACUUUUACCGAGGCACACCUGAUCAUUUAAAUGCAUUCCAGGUGACUACCUCAAAGCUGGUUGAGAGAAUACCAAGAGUGUUCAAAGCUGUCAUCAAGGCAAAGGGUGGCUACUUUGAAGAAUCUAAAAUAUAUUUUGAUUUUAUUAACACUUUUAUGGUUACUACAUGAUUCCAUAUGUGUUACUUCAUAGUGUUGAUGUCUUCACUGUUAUUCUACAAUGUAGAAAAUAGUAUAAUUAUAUAUUUUUUAAACCCUUAAAUGAGGAGGUGUGUCCAAACUUUUGACUGGUACUGUAUAUACACAUGAGAAGCACUAUAUUUAGUCUGAUGUUUAUAUCAUAGACGAAUAGCCAACAACAUGUUGGAAAUUAGAAGCAGAACUUUAGUGACGUCAUCUAGAUUAUCGAGGCGACCAUCCUAUCGAUUCAUGACACCAGUCUUUUCCUUUGAAAUCCAUGAAGGGGAGUGAACAAGUGCACACUUUUGGGAGGAAGGAGUUGAAAAGUUGGGACGUAACCUGUGUGAAAUAAUACCAUAUUACAAUCCAAACCUAUGCACCUUAAUGAAUAUGAAUAUUCGUGGAACAUGAAGAAUGUAAUUACUACUAAAGUUAUAUUUCUCUGUGUCUUCUUUGACAGCUUUACACCUCAAACCGCUAAUUUUAGUGUUUUGUUACUUGUGCCUUAUUUUGUUAUAACGAGCAUUCCUUUGGGUUACCUUUUGGUUAAGUUAAGGACAGCUGUGGUGAACCUGUGGUCAUUGAUCGUCUAUAUCUAUCUCAGGAGGCGGCUGUGGUGACCUCUGGACCGUGUGUUCUAGAACUCUGAAGGAUUCCGGAAAACAUUACACUGGGCUUGGGGGACAAUACUAUUUUAAAUUCUGGAAAAUUCUAGUAUAUGACCUAUUCCAAAACAUACAACACACCUCAUGGAGAGAGUGUCUUCUCAGGUAUAGCAAUGCAAUGUACAGAACUCACUUUAAAAUUAAAAUUAAAAAAACAUCUGUCUUUGUCCCUCUCUCUUCCUUGUUCUUUGUCUCUCUAUAUCUCAAUCUCUUUUUUCUUAAUCUUCAUCUCAGAUGUCGACCUACACGUGAAUGUGUUUACUGUUCACAUUCACGUGCUAGUGAGAACUAGGAAACUUGGUCACGCGCUAGUCAGAACUAGGAAACUCGGUUACGUGCUAGUGAGAACUAGGAAACUUGGUCACGUGCUAGUGAGAACUAGGCAACUCGGUCGCGUGCUAGUCAGAACUAGGAAACUCGGUCACGUGCUAGUGAGAACUAGGAAAGCUAGUCGGGAACUUGAAAACUCUGAAAUUUCCCGACUUGCUAACUCAUUAUAAAACGAUGAUCUCGAUUUUCCCACUUGAUAAGUAUCAAGAGUUAACCAAUAGGAAGCUCAUUUUUAACUCGGAGGCCCCUAAUUCCGACUAGCAUGUGAACACGCCAAAAGUGAGCAUAGAAAAAAACGUGACCUUUGAACCCCCUGUCUGUGAUUACUGGCUGCGAUGGGGUCAACAGAGGAACCAACCACCAACAGCAUCUUUUAAACAUAUUUUGUAUCUCUCAAUGGUAUGUCUUUUAAAAUGAUUGAUGUGGAAUAAAUUAAUGUCAUUUAACUAA